AUGUCGGAACCUACACUCUUCAAACCACUUAAGCUUGGAAAUGUUGAACUAAAGCAUCGUGUCACUCUUGCACCCCUUACCAGAUGCAGAGGAACACCAACCAAAGGCUAUUUUGUGCCGAAUGAUUUGAUGGUCGAGUACUAUUCCCAAAGAGCUACUCCAGGGGGUCUUCUGAUCACUGAAGCAUCUCCUAUUUCCAUCACUUCCUGCGGUUAUUCCGGUGUUCCUGGUAUCUGGGCCGACGAUCAGGUUGCAGGAUGGAAAAAGAUCACGCAAGCUGUCCACGCCAAAGGCGGCUUUAUCUCGUGCCAGUUGUGGCAUGUUGGUAGAGCUACCACUGCACUAGAGCUUCAUGGAAUUCAGCCUAUCUCUUCAACUUCCACACCACUGAAGGGCACCAGCAUGAACAAUGGGUUGGAGUACAAGGACUUCCCUCCAAGAAAGAUGCAUGGAGAUGACUUCCAGAAUGUUAUUAAUGAUUAUGUGAAUGCCGCCAAGAAUGCUAUUGCUGCAGGAUUUGACUUUGUCGAGGUGCAUUCGGCCAACGGGUACCUGCUGGACCAAUUUUUGAUGGACAAUAUUAACACGCGUGAUGACGAAUAUGGUGGAAGCAUUGAGAAGCGUGCAAAAUUCCCAUUGCAGGUUAUCAAAGCUGUUGUCGAUGCGAUUGGUGCCGCUAAGGUUGGUAUUCGUUUUAGUCCUUACGGAAAUUUCCAGGACUGCUACGAUUCUGACCCUAAUUCACACUGGUCGUACGUGUGUGAACAGAUAGCACAGUUUGCGGAGCCAGUGGCCUACGUGCACAUGGUGGACCCAAGAAGUGAUUUUGUGAUUCCAGAGGCUGAGAAGCUGAAGAACCUGGAAAACCAGGUGUCUGUAAAGCAGCAGUUCAGCCUGAAGAUCUUCAGAGACAUUUUGAAGCCUGCGGGUAUCAAGUUCAUUGCGGCAGGUGCGAUUGACAGACAGAGAGCGCUAUCGUACACUGAGGACGACAUUGCUGAUCUGGUUGCCUUUGGCCGGUACUUCAUUUCGAACCCGGACCUAGUUGAGAGACUGAGGCACGACUGGCCACUGAACAAGUACGAGAGGGAUACAUUCUACUGGGCACCAGACCCAGCGCACGGAUACACCGAUUAUGAGUUCUACAAGGGGGAGACUAAAUAG